AGCUUUGACCGUCGCCGAUUAACUUCAUAGAGUUCAUACCAUAACUUGACAAUUUCCCCAGCCAACCCCUUGAAGACUAGGAAGAACAAAGGAGAGAGCCAUGGCCAUGGGAGAGGAAUCAUCCUCUUAUUCGUCUUAUUCUUCUUCUUCUUCAAAUAAUGCUUCUGCCAUAGACUCAUCCAACAUUGGUUUUCAGCUACUAAAGAAGAACGGUUGGAAAGAAGGUACCGGUCUUGGUGCUUCCGAGCAGGGUAGGUUGGAGCCUGUUCAAACAUAUUUAAAGAACAAUAAAUGUGGCCUGGGAGCAGAUAAAGUUAAAAAGACAGCCAAGAAGCCUUAUGACACUGCUGCAUCUAAUGAGAAAAAUGUCCUGUGUUUGCACAGUUUCAUGGGUUUGCUGUUUCGAACAACUAGGUGGCCUUCAGUUCAAAUAUAAGACCUAUUUUGCGAUGAUUUGCCUUCGAAGAAAUGCAAGACACUCUCAAAAAGGAUAAGGAAGAUGCAGGAGCAAGAAAAAUGGUUGCAAGAGAAGGAAUUUGAACGAGCGUUUUAUAGGGAGUUCUGGCCAGAUAAUGUUUGACCGAGGAAUUACACAAUUCCUAUCGUUACGACUUCCGCCCUGCUUUUCAUGUUUAAAGCCUGAUUUAGAGUUUGUACAGGAAUUUGUAUUGUUAAAGUCUCUUUGUACUAGUAUAAUUGUCAUUCAUGUACUACAAAGAAUUCAAUUAGUUGCCAAUUAAUGGAUGCUUGUGUAAUA